UUUCUCUGUUACCUAUGGUAGGAACUCCUCGUGGAUUUUCUUCUGUGAAGAAGACACAAGAAUACAAGUCGUAAAGCUGCUAGAAACACUUGGAAGAUUUGAUGGGUCUAAGGAGUGGUUUUUAGGUAAAGCAUUAUACGAUGAAGAAUCUACAAUAAUUCACCAUUAUGCCUUUGCUGAAAAUCCUACAGUCUUUAAAUUUCCCGAUUUUGCUGCUGGCUGGGCACUUAGCAUUCCACUUGUUAACAAGCUUGCAAAGAAGUUGAAAAGUGAACCACUCAAGUCAGACUUUACAAUAGAUUUAAAGCAUGAGAUUGCCCUGUAUAUUUGGCAGAAAGGGGAAGGACCACAUCUUACUCCAGUGCCUGAGUUCUGCACAGAUGAUGUGAACUUGUAUAAGGUUGAUCAUUGUGCAACAACAUUCAGUAAUUUUCUGCCACUUUGUGGAGAGCCAGUGAAAAAGGAAGAUGUUUUUGUUGCUGUAAAAACAUGUCGGAAAUUUCAUGGUGACAGAAUACCAGUUGUAAAGCAGACUUGGGAAAGAGAAGCUGCCCUUAUUGAAUACUACAGUGAUUAUGCAGACAUCUCCAUUCCUACUAUAGAUUUAGGCAUACCUAAUACUGACAGAGGUCACUGUGGGAAAACUUUUGCCAUUUUGGAAAGGUUUUUGAAUCAUAGCUCUCCCAGAACUCCUUGGUUAGUCAUAGUGGAUGAUGACACACUGAUAAGUAUCUUCAGGCUCCGAAAAUUGCUCAGCUGCUAUGACCCAAAUGAACCAGUAUUUCUUGGAGAGCGUUACGGUUAUGGCUUGGGAACAGGAGGAUAUAGUUAUAUCACUGGCGGCGGAGGGAUGGUUUUCAGCAGAAUAGCUGUUCAGAAACUACUUGCUAGUAAAUGCCGGUGUUACAGCAUGGACGCACCUGAUGAUAUGGUCCUUGGGAUGUGUUUCAGUGGCUUAGGAAUCCCUAUAACACAUAGUCCGCUUUUCCAUCAGGCACGGCCAAUGGACUACCCAAAAGGCUACCUUUCUCAUCAAAUUCCAGUAUCAUUUCACAAGCAUUGGAAUAUUGAUCCAGUGAAGGUAUAUUUCACAUGGCUGGCACCAACUGCGGAAGAGUCACUUAAUGGAAAAAAAGUUGGAUAUAACAGGGAGGAUUUAUAAGCAGUAGAAGAACUUAAGUGUUGAUUAAGGUACUGCAGAUAAGAGACAGUCACUACUGUGAUAUUUGUGGUGUUC